CAGAGCCACACAGUGCCUUCUCUAAGUCAAGAGCGAACUUUUCUGGCAGAGCCCACGCACCAGAGGGAAGUGGUCAAAGCCAUAAAAGGACAGAGUGGAAAGCACAAGGACCGAGGAUGGGGAACUUUCCACAGAGGGAAAGCAGGUGGCAGCAGGACACUCAAGAGAUGCCUUGGAACCUCAAAAUCCAAAAUGUCAAACAGAGAGCAUCCAGAUGCUGGAAUCGCCAUUUCAAUGAAGGGUGUUUCUGCCUUCCUUGGAAAACAAUAAGCCUUUUUAAAGCAAGACGAGAUUCACACAAGGAAAAUGAAGGAAUGUCAUCAGCUCCCAGCCAGGAGAACGCUGAGCAGCACUACUCGGAGGAGCUGUGCUAUAUCCUCAUCAAUCACAGAGUCUUUGGGGAAAGGCCAGCGAGCAGCUCCACGGAGGAGUACUAUGAGAAUGUUUCCCAGAAGCCUGCGAAGCCUUGCGAGUUCUCGGAAGGAACUGAGACUGAGUACUCGCUUCUUCGUGUGGCCCCCACCCCGAGGCCCCCACCUUCCCCGGAGGACGAAUAUGAACUUCUGGUGCCCAGCAGAAACUUCUCUCACUUCCCACAACAACCACACUCUUGUAGGGUCCCUUUGGAGGUGUCCUUUUCCUGUUCAGGAUGAAAAGUGAUCAAGUUGGCCUUUGAACCAGUACUAGCAGAACUGCAGGGGGGAGCUGCAUGAAGCAAGCAUGGGGCUCAAGGCUUGCUUCCCACAGAGCAUGAUUUGCAAGCCCUCGUAUGCCACCCAGUAUCCCACACCCACAGUUCAACCAGACAUCCUAACUCUGCUGUUUUGAGAAAGCAAUCACCUAUCUUUGGUUUCAAGUGGGACUGGAAGUGCUUGGUGCAGAGAAAGGCUCCCUGACCCAGUCCUUCUCUUCUGAUAGAGUUCUUUAAGAAGACCCCACAGCUACUCUCUGAAGUUGUCAAGAAAACUCAUCAUGCAAAAUGUACCCAAGUGGGGACUCACUCAUUAUGCAGACCUUCCAGCCCAGCCCUGCAGUGAGCUCCAUGCUUUCCAUGGUGUAUUUUAACUCAUCAGCCCUCAAUUACACAAACUGAUUUAGGAGGUGCUUUUCAGCUUUUUAUGUAGUUGUAGCACACAUAUUUUUUUCUAUUUCACACUUCUCCUUAUGAAUCUAAGAUAAUCAUAACACCCAAGAACAGAGCAUAUAGAUCUUUUGAGAUUCUUUCAUUUUACUGUCCUGACGCAAAAAGUAUUAUUUUCCCAGAGAUCUAGAAAAAAUAUUUGUAUAACAUUAUCCAGAUUUUUCUGGCUUUCAAUUUGAUGUUCCUAUGAUUUACUACAUAGAAGAUCCUCUAGUAUUUAGUAAAUGCCUGUGCUGAAUGAUAUUGUAUGUAAACUGUCAUCAUGGGAAGAGCAGUACACACACACAUAGAUUCACACUCUAAUGAGUGCUUUUCUAUGUGCCUAGAUUAUGCAGCUCUUUUAAUCUUUUCUUUAGUGUUCCUUGGAUUCUGUCUAUCCCUUACACCAGUGGUCAGCAAAGUAUGGCCCCUAGUCCAGUCUGAAGCACCACUCAAUUUUAUAAAGUUGUAUUGAAGCACUGCCUUUGAUUUGAUAACAUGUUACCUGUGUUUACUCAGCUAUGAAAGCUGAGCAAUUGUGACGC